AUGGCUACAAGUGAAUUUAAUCAGUUUCUGGAAGAUAUUGAUGAGAAAGUCUUAGAGUGUGCCAUAUGCUUUAAGAGACUCCAGAAUCCAAAAUCUCUCAACUGCCAGCAUAGUUAUUGUUUGGCCUGUCUGGAAGACUGGGUUAAGAAGAAGGGUAAGCUGACUUGCCCAACUUGCACAAAAUCAUUUCCCAUUCCAGAAGGCGGGCUUCAGAAACUUCCACCAAACACAUUUCUGAAUAACUUGUUAGAAACCCUUCAACGAUAUGAUAAACCUGCUGGUGAUCACAUCACAAAAUGUGUUUGUGGAAAAGCAGAAGAAUACUACUGCCAGGAUUGCAGACAUUACUUGUGCUCUUCUUGUAGAGAUUAUCAUAAAAUGAUGCCAAUUUCGGCAAAUCACAAGCUACAUGCAGUGGAGGAUGUGCGCUCAAUGACACCACAAGACUUUGCUUUGUUAAAUCCUCCACUGUGUUCACUUCACUCUAAACCUUUCGAGUUGUACUGUCAAGAUUGUAAAACUCCAAUUUGCAUUCAUUGCACAUUCAUAAACCACAAAGUGUGGGAAGGGAAGCACAAAACAAUCAGCAUAUCAGAUGCUUUCCAAACAUUUAAAGAAAAUUCAUCAACAUUGGAGGAAGCUGCCCAAUGCUGCAAAAAAAUGUUAGAAGAAGGCCUUGAAGCAGUUAUUCAAACAUCUACAAAAUUAGAAGAAAGUAGAAAGACAAGUUUGCAAGAUAUUGACAGACUUGUGCAGGAAAUGAUUAAAACAAUCAUGAAUAAAGCAGAUGAAAUGAAAAAAAAUGUAGAGAUAAUCUACAAACUGAAAAAGCAAGUAAAUGAUGUACAAAUGGAUGAAUUGAAAACAAUAAUAUCUGAAGUAAAUACAAAAUUAAGUUUUCUUCAACAGUUGUUAAAGAGUGAUGAAGCAACAGCGAUGCAAUCAAGUGAAACAGUAAUUAAAGCACUGGAGGACAGAGUCAAUGAAAUGCCCAAAACCGAGCCAAAUGAUAAUGGGCAAAUUUUAUUUUUUGCAAACAAACACCACAUUGAUUCUUUGCAGCAAUGUGAGAUAGGAAAUGUAACACAAUCAACAAUAGAUGGUCUUUCAUUAAAGGGAGUGGAAUCUGUGACACAAGGCCAAGAAAUUCUUGCCAAAAUAAUUAAAGAAGAUGGAUGUAAUGUAUUAGCAAAUCAAUUGAAGGCAACAUGGACAUAUCCUAUAGUAGAAACAAACAUCUCUCAAGUUGACGAAGAUGACUAUGUAGAUUAUGUUGUGACAGGAAAAUGUAACAGUCCAGGUGUUUGUAGACUUGAUGUGAGUGUUGAUGGCAAACCGAUCAAGCAGUCACCAAUGAUAAUCAAAGUAGAACCAGAAGGAUUAUUUAAUACCAUUAAAUUAUUCAAAGACAAGAAUAAUGAAUACGGAAGCCUAAAUGGUAACAUAGCAGUCAGUGACGAAGGCAACCGAUGCAUCACAAUAGUUAAGAUAAAUGGUGAGGUGAUCAAAUCGAUUGGUCAAAAAGUAUUGGAGGAUCCAGCUGGGAUCCAUGUGGAUGAGGCCUCAAAUGCUGUGUAUGUAGCUGAUUGGGGAAAUGAAUGUGUGUAUAUAUUUGGUAUUGAUAGUGGCCAGAUGAUCAAAAAGUUAGAGUCACCAAACAAAAAAAUAGGAGUCAUUGAUGUUACCCUUACAAAUCAAGGAAAUAUUCUUGCAUUAGAAAGUAGUAAUACUAAGUCUUGUGACAAUGGAUUACUACAAUUUGAUAAUAAAGGAAGGUUGAUGAAAGUGCUUGUCAAAGGUGAUGAACAUAAGGCAUGGGCUUUUCAAGGAGUAGUAGUUGAUGAGGAUGACAACAUCAUUUUAGCAAGUUAUGGAAAAAUACAGCUUUUCAGUAGUGAUGGAAAUUUUAUCAAAAGAAUUGAUAAACCAGCAGACAGAAUCAAAUAUCCAAAUGGAUUAUGCUUAAUUUCGCAACAUCCACGGAGAAUUGCG